AUGAAUCCAACUGAUGAAGAUAAAUAUGAUUUAUGGUCGCCUGUUUCAAAAUUUUGCAAACCACGAAAGAAAUGGCUUUUGUUAUCUGGAUUGUUUGUAGUUCUCCUUGCGACGGCUAUUAUUACUCCUUUUGCUGUACUUGUUUGGGUUCCUAACAGUCAAAGAACAACAACGACAACAACAACUACUACAACAACAACCACCGCUACGACAAGUACAACUACUAGUACUAGCACCACAACUACUACGACUACAAGUACAACAACAACUACUACUACUACAACACCAGUAAAUCAAACAUAUAUUUGUGGAGAUAUAUCUCCGUAUACAUUAUGGACAUUAUAUUCAUCUAAUGGUAUAACAAUGACAAUAAGUACAACUACUUGUCAUUUCAAUUCAACUCCAUUAUAUUUUACAAGUGUAUCUGGUACAAGUACACAUUGGUAUCUUGAUGGUUAUAAUUCUAUUUAUGGAUAUUCACGAACAGGUUUUACAAUUUAUGCUCAUUCAUCAAUAAUUACAAAUGGUUCAUUGUUAUUAAAUUAUUCGUAA